AUGUCCGAAAUCGUGUCGGCCAACGACCGCUACCACCUACCCAAUCCUUUUGUUGCCUGCAGCUGCUCCAGAUGCGAGGAAUCGCUCAAGUCGCAGACCGAGGAGAACCGCCGAGCUCCGUUCCACUUCAAGGCUAAGCGUGAGGAUGUUCGCGUCGACUUCUCAUUCGUCAUCAACGAUUGGAUUCUUUACCAGGCACCCAAGGAAGACGCUCUGGGCAACAUGCUCGUUCCAAAGUACAAGAGCCGCCUCCACGAGCCAUCAAUUCUCGAAUUGCCGGAUGAGCUGCUGCUUAAGAUUGCCGAGUCUCUCAAUGACAGUGCAUACAAGUACUGCCUAGCAUUGAGCUGCAAGAGACUUCUGGCAAUCGUCAGUGACCUCGACGCAAAUACCAAACCUGCCCUUGCGCUUCAGGCCAACAACAAGACGGGACCAUGGAAGCAACAGCUGCUCCUAGCCCUAGCCCGUGGCUGGAUUCCUAAGGACAAGGUGAAGCUCUGCUUCGGCUGCUGGCGAUUCAUGCCCUACGGUCGUUUUUCCAAAUCAGUAUAUCUCAAGAUGGAAAAGAAUCGCACCUGCCAUCUGCAAGUGCGAAACUGGCUGGAUAAUUGGGACGUCAAAUUGUGGUUUCGAGAACUCCGAGCCAACAAGGACUGGUCUUCCUUCAUCUCCGAUGGCCGACUGCGGUGCCCUAUGUGCGUUCUCGAGGGCCAAUCUCUGCACGUCCGCAACAAGGGAGAGCGCAAGAAGGUUAAGGGAGGUCCGCCUAUUGCAGCCCUCGCCCAUAAGCAGGAGAUCAAGAAAGAGCCGUUUUGA